CGGAGGCGCUCAACGACGAGCAUCAGCUGAAACUCCACUGCAGUAAAAACGAAGAGCUCGCUCCAUUCCUGCGAUCUACCACGAUCUUAGACGAUUCAUCGGAUCGCCGUCCAGAACAGCUCAUCGGCCGGAGCGUAGGGAUUCCGUCGCUUGGAGGAGGACGAGGUGCUCCAUCUUGUGUCGUCGACUGGUUCACUUUUGCACACCCUAUCCUAGACUGAGACCCUCGGUGGGGUACGCAAGAGAACCAGCAAAAAUGCAGACCUCCCUCAUAGACUAUUACAUGAAGGUACUCUGCCAGUGUUAUUCCGAAGACGGUCGCCUACUAGUGUGUGGGAACAAUUACGGCGAACUGCUGCUGUUCGAUAUCGACAAGGUCCUGAAGGAUGAAGAUCUUCAGGAAGAAGCCCUAAAAUCAUCCACCAGACAACAGGUCUCCACCGGAGCCAUAUAUUGUUUGACUUCUGUAGGAGACUUCCUCCUGGCGGGAGGGGUCGGCGAAGUUCUUGCUUUCCACUGGAGCGCUAUCCGAGAAGGGAAGCUCGAAGUUGACUGGGCGGUGCGCCUCCCCAUUCACGGAGGGCUCAAUAAGCCGGAAGUGAACGCGAUCGCGCUCAGCGACUCCGAACGCAAGAUGCACUUGGCUGCCGGCGACAACAAGAUCUACGUGUACGAGCUCGAAACUCGGCAUUUCCUGGGAGCUCUCGAAGAGCAUCAGGAUUACGUGCACGACCUCGCCAUAAACAGGCACGGUACCGAGCUGUACUCGGCCGGCGAAGAUGGCGCCGUGAAACUUUGGGAUCUGAGGUCGAAGAAGACUGUCUGUUCGGUGGACAUCAAGAAACACGACAGAUUGAGAUCGGCCAGCGGAGCGACUUGGGUCGGUGCCGUUUCCCUCGACGAAUCAGAGGAAUGGCUCGUGGUCGCUGGAGGACACAGACCAACCGUAUUGCACACGAAAUCGAUGACCCCAGCCAUUGUCUUCGCUGAAGUCGAGCAGGACUGUUUCGUGGCCAAAUUCUGUAACGAUAUGAUCACUCUGGCGGGAGAGGGAGGCAAGGUGUAUCACUUCACAAUGGCCGGUGAGCUCAGAGCGGCGGUCCCAUCAUCGUCUACGGCUAUCUACGCGGUCGCUCUACAUCCCGCGAAGAAAUGUUGCACCACUUCCGGAGCGAGUAAUCGACUCGAUCUUAGCAGGAAUCUACUUUACAACGAUCUUGUACUCACAGUAUGAUCCGACCCUGGAGACGGGAGCUCCAUUAUGUUUUUUUUUCUAUAGUUCCAA